AUACCCGACUAACAUUGGAUGUUCUAUUCUUCAAGCCAGCUCACUAGGUAUGCCUGACUCUUGCACAACAGUCCUUCCGUGACAUACGCUAAUCAGAACACUCCAGUGCAGAGAUUAUGCUUCCCCCAGUAGCUUCAAAUCAGUCGUCAAAUUGUCUGGAAAAAGGCAAGCAAAGCCUGGUAGUAAACAUUUUUACGAGACCGAAGACGGUACGGCCUGUUCUUGUCUUGGCUGCACAACUAAGAUGUAGUUAGAUUUUUGGAGCACGACAAAGAACAGGAGAAAAAAACCAUCAACCGACACACAUGCUCGAUGUGGGUUGGGAAGCGUGCAUCAAAUCAAACCAUCGUCGUCUUAGAAUCUCCGCCACGGAAGCCCGAACAGUGGAGGAAAACGCGGGGGGAAAUCUUUUCGCAACCUGAUGACGAUGACUGCGAGACAUAAACAUCGUCCGUCAGAAUUAGUAGCGACGUUUGAUAUCGCAAAAAUGAUAUCGAAAGGAGAACAGGGGGCAAGAGAAACCUGGCAGAGCAGGAUGGACCCGGAGUUCUUUGCCUGCCUGCCACAAUCCAACGUCCUCGUUUGUUGCUUUUUUGAGGUUACUCUUGAACUUCAACUUCUAUCUAGCGUUCCUGCUUCCUUCCUCUCCACUCUCCGACUCUGAAGCUGUCAUGUCAUUUACUGGGCAGAGAAGGCAGCAGCAUUAAAGCAUGGAGCACGGUGGAGCAGUCGAGGAGCACGGUGUCAGUGAUGUAUAAAUUAUAAUUAUGCAUAAAAACCGCACGCGAUGAGCAUAUGAUGGGCAUGGGGGCGAGGGAUACACGCCGGAGGAAGCGCUUCGCAGGUCAAACGGGUGAAAGCAACAGAAGCAGAAGCAUUAAACAGCAUAACACAGGACCAGUCGUACCAGCCAGUACCACGCUGGAUGCUGCCAAAAAGGGCUGCAAUCGAGGAUGGGGGGAUGGAUGGGGCGACAAAAAUCAGCCUGAUGAGCGACAUCCAGCCAAGUGAGAGCGAGAGAGAAAGAGAGGCCGAGCAUGGGCUUAGAGAUAGCGAGCGAGGAAAGGAUUGUGUGUGUAUGCGUCUGGCGCGCUCUGAACGUCGCUGAAAAACGAGAUAUUGUUGUCUGGGUUCUUAGCCCCGGCAGCAUCCACCGGCAUCAUCGCAACCCAUCAUCACCGUCAUCGUCAUCGUCGUCGGCGGUUGUGGCUGCGGCGGCGGCACAGCGUUGCGGAAGCGUUGUGCCUUACGCCAGUGUGUCUGUGUGUAUGCCCUUGCCUUGUCAGAACGCUGCACGCAAUUAGAAUCAGAUUUUUGUCAGCACGAUUAAAGCGCAGCACGGCAAAACGGAUCUUCAAGUAAGAACUUGGGCCUCAAAAAAAAAGCAAAAGAAGCGUCAAGCAGGAAACGAGUCGUGGACGUGGGAGUUGCACACUUUUGUUCGAAGACAGUCGGGGUUUUUUGGGAUCAAUUGGGAUCAAUUUCCAUACUUCAUGCACAUCCAGCUCCCCUGGCGGCCACGGCAACGGUACGCAACAAUUGAUUUCCGGACGACUUCCCGUUUUCCGGCUGCAUCGUUCGCCAGCAUCCUCCGUUCGAUGCUGUUUUUAUUUAUAUUUGGCAAAGUCACAAACGGGGAGGGGGAGUCUUUUUUGUUGUUGUUGUUGUUGUUGGUUUGUUUCGCACUUCCCGUUCAACUCGAUCAGCAGCGUGAAUGCAUCACGCAAUGCAUCCUUAUGGAAGAUCUUUUUGCAGCUCGUUCCGUAUGUGUCCCCGCGCGUUGGACCUACAUUGUAGAAUGAUUUAUCGCCCGAUUGUAUGCAACCUCACGGUGGAGAGGGGGAUGGGAGGAGGACGUCCACCAGCGAUCGAUCAGAAAGGUCGGGAAGCGGUGGUGGAGGGGGAACAAAAAUGCAUCGAAAAGAAGUUGGCACGCGCAACCCACACGCGCACUCGAUUAAUUUGUACAACACACACACGCAGUGACACACACACACAACAGGAACGAUUGUGUUCCGCACAGUGGGAGAGAGGCACCGAGGGGGUUCCUUUCAUUGCACAUUUUGGAAGGAAUCAUGGGGGGGUUUGUGAGGAGAGUUGAACUCUAAUUUCAAUAGCGAACGUUCGAAAGUGAACAACGACCGAGGGAUGGUGGGUUUCGAGCGAUGAUUUGCGACGCAUGCUGCUCAUUAUUCAUGUUUUGGGGAGGUAAGGGGGUGAAUCAAAUGCAAAUUCGGCGAGGCCCUGUGAAGCACAGGCUGAUCCGCCAGUAAUCAAACCAUCAAAGUAGCCUUUGAAAAGCGUUUUCGUUAGUUGGGGAAACGGUCCUUUCGAUACAGAACAUGAAAAAGUUGGUGUGCGUGUUGUUGUUUUUAAAAACAUUACAAUCCACCUCGGUGUACGGCGAUAAGCAUGGCUGUCAAGUGCUGCUGGAGGGGCCAAACUGUCCAAUUGAGGAGAACAACAGUAACAGCUCACUCGCGGCAGCUUGUGAUGGAUGGCUGUGGGACCGACGCUGGAUUGCGGUGGAAAAGAGCUGUUUGCCAAGUGAAUGGCUGCGACACAACUGUACCCAAGAUGUGAAGGUAACGCUGACGAAUCUGGAGCUCGUGUAUGUGCAGCUAAAGGUCGAUAGAUUGAUUUACCAUCCAUCCCCAAACGACACUGUCUUGCUGCUGCUGCUAAGCCGUCCAUUCGGUGGACCGUUCGAGAGUGAGUUGGAAGUCAAUCCCGCUUUGAGCCUGCACCGGAACUGGAUUGAUGAAACGAUUCGCCACGAAGAUGCGAAGGACGUUGCGCGUCGACAGCUGGAACGGGCGGUGGAUACCGGCGGCGGCGGCGACCUUCCAGCAAUUGCUUUUAUGGACUUUUUGAAACUGCUCCUCGUGGUGAGCUCACUGGCCGGAAUAUCGUUCCUAUUCUGCUGCACAUUUAUGCUCGUUUCGAAGUAGCAGCAGCACCGGCAGCACCGGCAGCAACAGCAACAGAACCCAUCAAGCGUAAUCAAAACUUGUGUUCCAAUCAAACAUUUAUCAUUUCUAUCAUUUCUUCCCUUCCCCUUUGUGCGGUGGAAGAACACGGCACCACGGCUGCAUGGCAUUCGCUGGCAAAAGU